UCACAUCUCCCGAGUCUCGAUUUUCAGCCCUCGGAGCCAGAACAGACCCGCACCGAGAGAACGGGUGCAAAGUCUUCCAAGGACUCGUUGUCUUCCAUAGAACGGAAACGACGCGUCUUGGCUCGAUUGUCGCUUGGCCUCAUCGCCGUCGGAGUGGGUCUGCAGCUCGUCUAUUUGGGACGUCAAUGGGACGAAGAGGAACUCAAAGCCAAAAAAAUAAAACCUCAGGAUGCUCCAUCGACGCGAUGGGGCAGAAUGAAAACCCGCAUUGCGGAUGUAUUCGGCUUGUUCAGCGAACCUGUGUGGCCAGAACUAUUACCCCCACCGCUCCCACCACAAUAUCAGAAACCUUACACAAUCGUUAUUUCACUAGAUGAUCUAUUGGUAAACUCCGUCUGGGACCGGCAACAUGGCUGGCGAAUAGCGAAGCGUCCCGGCGUGGAUUAUUUUCUUGCAUACCUAUCUCAGUUCUAUGAAGUCGUCAUAUUCACCUCUCAGUAUAGCUACACUGCUCUUCCCAUAAUCGAAAAACUCGAUCCGUAUGGUUUCUUCAUUUCUCAUCGACUCUUCCGCGAGCAUAUGCGGUCCACGACGGGUACCGUCGUCAAAGACCUCUCUUACUUGAAUCGUGACCUUUCCAAAGUCAUCAUACUCGACACCGAUCCCGAUCAUGUGUCCACCCACCCCGAGAACGCUAUCAUUUUACCCAGAUGGACCGGUAACCCGGGAGACAAAGGACUUGUAGCUAUGAUUCCCUUUUUAGAGUCGAUCGGUAUAUACAAACCUCAAGACAUCCGUCCCAUUCUCGAAGCGUAUCAUGGCAAAGAUAUUCCAAUCGAAUAUGCGAAGAAAGAAGCCGAGGCUCGUCAACAGCAUAUCGCCGAAUGGACGAAGAAGAGAAAGGGUCUUUCCACUGGAGGGUUUACUUUCAGUUCCUUGUUUGGAGCUAGCGAGGUCCGUUUCGUCUCCCACUCUCCCAUUCCACCGACCUAUCUGGAGCAGAAACGAACAGAGGCACAAAAUAUCUACCGACAAGAACAGGCGUAUCUCCAAGCGAACAAGGCGACCCUGGAUAAGAUGCUGGAGGAACAGAAGCAGCAGGACGCAAAGGAGAUGUCGGGAACGUUGUGGAAUAUGAUUGCAGGGAGGAAGCAGGAGGAUAAGGGUGCGGUUGGCGGUGGUGCAGCCGUUGGAGGAGCCAAUGGACAGACGCAGAACGUGGAGAGUCAAACGGCUGCG